AUGGAUGCUCAACAGAGUAACAUGUGGAAAAGCUCGAUCGCAGCGUUUCACAUCCCAUCAACGCCGCCGGAUACCUUUAUGAUAAAGCUCGAGUUUCCACCGCAACAUCAGAUUCGGCAAGAAGACGCAAAAUGCAUCCAACCGCAAAUGCUGCACCAGUCGCCAUCUACGACGCCAGAAGUGGAUCAAAGGAGUCCAGGAAACCCAGGAAGUCCGGGAAGCGAAAAGAGCCCGGUUUCGUCCACUUCGACAGAUCACUGGCAGUCUUUCUUCUUUGACCUGGGCUCGAAUGGGGAAUGUCUGGCGUGCGGCUAUCGUUACAGCUCGGUCGACGAGCUCGCAUACCAUCAAAGAUUCGAGCAUGGGCUAGCAGAUAUCAUCAUAUAG